AGCCAGGCCAAUAUCCUAUUCCUCCGAUGGCCGAGCUGCUCCCAGGGAAUCCAGAUCACCAUCUGCUCAUCAUGCCAUCGCCCAUUUGUUCGUAUACUUUACUUCAAGAGGCAGCAACCGCUUAGCCACUUCCCGCGCCGCGCCGUCCAGGUCACACUGGUUCUUUCGAAACGGAAAAAAAAAAGAGGGGGAGCAAAAGUUCGAAUCUUUUCAGCUGUUGCUGCUCCUUUCUCGCUUGCUCGAUCGCUCUCUGAUCAUCGGAGCCAUGAGUAAUAGGCUGCUUCGUGUGCAUCCUUCCGAGCUCAAGAUCCCCUAUGAGGUCAAGAGGAAGAGGUCUUGCUGCAUGCAACUGACGAACAGGACCGACCAGUGCGUGGCAUUCAAGGUGAAAACGACGAACCCAAGGAAGUACUCUGUAAGGCACGCCUGCGGUAUACUGCUGCCCCGGAGCUCGUGCGAUAUCACAGUUACAAUGCAGGCUCCCCAUGAGGUGCUAUCCGAUUACCAUUGCAGGGACAAGUUCCUCGUGCAGAGCGUGGUGGUUGGACAUAGGGCGACCAUGAGAGACUUUGCCCCUGAAUUGUUCGCCAAGGUGCCAGGCAGGGUGAUCGAGGAGUUCAAGCUGCGAGUAGUGUAUGUUGCUGCUAAUCCUCCCUCUCCAGUGCCUGAGGAGGAAGAGGAAGAGGAAGAGGAAGAGGAUGCGUCCCCUAGGUCAGAGGUCACGAGCUAUGAAGUGAAAAUAUCGCCAGCGUUUGAUGCUGUAUCCACACGCACAUAUACAUCUGAAGCCAAAGUUUCAUCUGCUGAGGAUGCCUCUGUAGAAUCAGCAGUGGAUACAGAGAGAGAAUAUUCAGUAGAAGAAAAUCAGAAGCUUCAGCAACAGAUGGAGCUGCUUAGGGCAGCAAGGUCAUCUCAGCAGGGCUUCUCAGUAAUGUUUGUGCUGCUAGUCUUCAUGUCGUCUGUCUGCAUUGGGCACUUGAUGAAGCAAAUCAAGGUUUAGCGACAUAUAUAUGCAGAAGGCUGAUAAUUUCCCAUCUCAGCUGCCUAUGACAGACAACAGGGCAGUAGAGUAUGCAUAGAAAAGAUUCAAUAGGUUGUAAAUUUUCAGAUACAAGAUAGCUAUUUGCACUUUAUUCAUGUAAAGUAGAUUAUACUUCAUAAUUAUAGCUUAUGUGUCAUGUAAAUUAUGCUCCUACUUCUUAACUUGUGAUCUGUAAUGCCACAGUUGAUAAGGGAAAUAUAGUUUCUCUGUUUCUUUAAAACAGCAGGAUUCCUAUGCAAGAAAGCUGUAACAUGAUCAGGCAUAUAUAUUAAUCUAUUUAAGACAAUGUUUA